CAUCUUCUCCUGCCAGCUACUAAACCCACUUUGCGUAUAGUGUUCAGUACUACUUGCUAUUGUGCUGCCGACUUAAAAUGGAGCGUCCCAUCCCCGAGGCACCCGCCGCCUUUGGCACUCCGGCUAAGGGGGAGGGGGAGGAGCUGCAGGAGCUAGGCGAGGAGGAGGAGUCAGAUGGAGGGAGUGAUGAGGAUGACGACCUGCCAAUUGGGCAGCUGCUGGAGCGCGCGCUGGAGAGCUCUGACAGCAAGUCUGAUGCGGAGUGAGGCAGUGCUUGGGGGAGUGUGGUAGCGGCUGCUAGCGGUAGCUGUUGAAAGAAAAGUGAUGGCUGCAGACAUGGCUGCGGAAUGGCUGCGGACAGCUUGUGAUCAUGGGCGCGUGCAUUGACAAGGGCAACUGCUGCUGGUUUUACGCGGCUGCUGUAUGCAUUGGUGUGUGUGCUGGGGCGUGUGCGUGCGUACGGGGUUAAACUGGAGACGCUGAUAAACCUAGCAAAUUCCCGCGCAGAACGGGUCCAUAAAAAGUAAAAAAAAUUCGGCGCGGCUGCGCCGCGUUUACUAAAAAGUAAAAACCCAAAUAAAUAUUUCAAGCCUCAAUAAAACUUCUGGGAGUUAGUCUUCUAAGCGCAGUACGGUAUGUGAUCCAGGCAUACAGUGUGUAGUUGGGGUUGCUUUACAACUUGCAUUUCUUCAUUGUAAGACGUUGCUUGC